GUGCUUCCACUUCAGUUUGCAAUACUGAUCACUGCUGUGCGCCACUCCGCUCGCUUCGGAAUGUAGACGCAAAGACGUCUGUCUCCACAAUGGAACUACAAUCCGAACUACUCAAGUCCAUCUGGUACGCGUUCACAUCGCUGGACAUGGAGAAAUGUGGCAAAGUGUCGAAAUCCCAGCUGAAGGUUCUCUCCCACAACCUGUACACGGUGUUGAACAUCCCUCACGACCCCGUGGCACUGGAGGAGCACUUCCAAGAUGAUGACGAUGGACCGGUGUCAAAACAUGGCUACAUGCCCUACCUCAACAAAUACAUACUGGCCAAGGUCAAAGAGGGUGCAUAUGACAAGGAGACGUUUGACGAUCUGUGCUGGAUGAUGACCAUGAAGAAAAACUACAGACCUAGCAGCGGCCAUGGGGGGCUGCUGUGCUCCCUGAGAGACUGCUUCAAACUUUUCUGUCUCUUCAACCUGCUGUCGGAGGACCACUACCCACUCAUCAUGAUUCCCCAGGAGGUGGAGUACCUGAUGAAGAAAAUCUCCACUGCGAUGAACCAGGAGUGGGACGGCAAGCCCCUGGAGGAUCUGCUAUCCCAGGAUGCCUCUGUCCAGGAGGAGGGCAUGUCGGUGUGGGUGUUCCUGGAUCACAUGGGCGCCGGGAGGCUGCUGAGGGUCAGCAAUGCGGGUGCCUUCAGUCUGGCUCUGGACCAGGUCUUCUUGGAGAUGUACCACAACGUCCUCAAGAGGGGUUACAUGUGGAAAAAGGGACAUGUGCGCAGGAACUGGAUGGAGCGUUGGUUUGUACUCCGGCCAUCCUUCAUGGCCUACUACGCCAGCGAGGACCUGAAAGACAAGAAGGGAGAGAUUCCAUUGGACCAGUAUUGUGUUGUGGAGGCUAUUCCAGACAGGGAUGGGAAGCGUUGUCUCUUUUGUGUGAAGACCACCAGCAAGACCUAUGAGAUGAGUGCUGCCGACCAGAGACAGAGAGUGGAAUGGACCCAAGCCUUGCAGACUGCCGUCCGUCUCCAGGGUGAGCGCAAGUCCUCCCUGCACCAGGAACUAAAGCUGAAGAGGCGGGUCCAGCGCAAGCACAGUCAACAGGAGCGUAGCCUGAGUGCCAGCAGCAGCCGCGGCAGCCAAUCAGAAGAGCUUACCAUUCAGGAUCUGGAGAGGGAAAAGGAACGGCAAGGACAGGAGAUAGAGAGUAUUAUUCAGCACCAGCGAGAGGUGGAGGCACGGCGCAGGGAGGAGGAGGAGAAAGAGAGGGAGCAACAGAAGGAGGUCCAGAGAGAGUUGGAGAGACAGCUAGAGGAGGCAGAGAAGUUGCGGGAGAGCAUGCAGGCUGAGAUGGCAGAGAAGGAGAAGGAGGCCGAGCAGCAGAGGAAGCGGAUCCAGGAGCUGGAGCUGACCCAGCAGAAACUGGAGGCUGCUCUCAACACAGAGAUACAGGCCCACAUGGAGGAGGAGGGAGUCAGGCUGGAGCUAGAAGGGGUACUGCAGGCAGAGGAGGAGAAGAGCAGGCAGUGUCUGCUCCUCCAGGAGCAGCAGGAGGCAUCCCGCCACUUCAGCUCCACGGAGGAGGCCCCAAACGGAGCUAAGGAAAAGCGGCCGGCCCCCUCUGCCCUCCACUAUGCCUCCCAGGAGCUCCAGAGCCUCCGAGAGACCCGAGAGAGGAGUCACCAGCACCUGGAGGAAGUUCAGGAGAAGCUUCGUAAUGCCAGCAACCAUGUCCGACACUGGAACGUUCAGCUCAACCGCCUAAUGAAACCCAUCGCACCUGGGGACAAGUUAUCAUCGUUGCCAGCGAAAAUCACCUGCCCGAAACAGGAGGGUGCGUUAGCCAGCAGUGAGUUUAUCGCUAAACUCCAACCAAGAGCCAAUCAAGAAACUCAGCAAAUACUUGAGAGCCAAUCGGCUACAGAAGAGAAAGGGCUAAAGGAACAGGUGGAAGCUAUCACCCUGUCAGAGCCUGAGGGAUCAUGAUGUGUCAUGGGUAAAUUGUGACUGACUCACUGACUGAUUUACAAAUAAUAUUGUAGUUAUUUAUGAUGCAAGGAUCUUUGCAGAUCAGUCAUUCGGCAGUCUGUACUGUUGGCUGCAAUGUCGAACAUUCCCAGUUGUUUUACAUGUCAACAGUCUGGCCGAGUUCCUGCCCGACUAGAUGUGCAGGUGUUGCAUUGCAUCAAUCAAUGGUUGCGUGCUACAUCAUCGACUGUGCAGUCGGGCAUCAGAUUUCUAUAUCAUAUGAGGUGCUAAGCUGAUCUGUUAAAUACCAAUCCAGGCUUUGUAAGAUCUGGAAUGUAGUCGGGGAGGAGCCUGACCUCUACCAAUGGUAGUGCUGACUAGGAGAUUAGUAGGAUCUGUAAGAAAUAAAUUGAUCGAGGAGAUACUACCUGUGCAAUAAGAAUGCUAAUUUUAGUAUCCUCCUUCACAAAAAAUCUUCCGUUCUGUAUGAACAUGACCAAUGAUGAGGACUAUGAUUCUUGGCAGGUGGACCCAGUAGCCUAUACACUACUUCAAGAACUGAGAAACACCUCAUCAACCAACUGACUGUUCAGAUUUCCAUCUUGCUAGGGGACAACAGUCAUUGUAAAUGAUAGAAUACCAAGCAUAAACGACAGGUUUGAAUUUCUGUACAAAAGAAGUGUAUGUAGUGUGUGAACAACGUGAUUGCUCUCUUCUCCAUUUGAUACAAGGCAGUCUAAUAAACCCAUGUAUGCCAUUUUUUGUCAGGAAAGGAAAAGUGUCAUGUCACGAAAAAUCGGGACAUGCAAAUAUGUACAGUCUCCUUUUGAAUUAGGCCUAAUAUUCAGCACAACUUUUAUUCUUGAAAUUCAAUCUCUUUGAAAUAAUGUCUUAAAUCCUUUUGGCUUACAUAUACCGAUGCCUAAUAAAUAUGUAACAUAUGUACUAAUAUUUUAAAUAAAUAUAUCUAAAUAUAUGUGACAUAUGUACAUGAGUAUCACACAUCAUACAGAAUAUCGAGUGAUUGAUGUUUUUUCGAUACCGAGGUAAAGACAGUCUCAAGUUGGAUAUUCGAUGGAUAUUCGCGCUUUCAAACCACAAAUAAGUGUCAUUAUGUUGAAAAAAUUGCACACACCAUUGCACAGGUCUUAUUUUCACGAUUUGGAUAUUAAUUCGCUUUCCAAAGCUAAUAAACUUGUGGAAAUGUGAGCAGCAUUUUGUAUUCCUAGUUGAAUUAGUUAGAGCGUAAACAAAGUACAAAGGUUUUUACAUAUACAUUUCAAUAGCUCAUUGAUAUUGUGAUUUACCUGACUCAAACAAGGUUCAGAAUGUCCACUCAGUGAGCCUACACAUUGCACACCCGCGUGAUUUUACAGUACACAAACAAGAGCGUGCAAUAUAGAAGGGUACAUUCUGCACCAUGUUUGAAGUCGAGCCAUUGAAAUUUAACAUUUAGAAAAAUUCAUGUAAAAAUCAUGUGAGAUGACAAUGGACAAACUAAAGGGUGUGCAAGGUGUAGGUCCACUGACUGGACAUUCUGAACCUUGGUGAAAGUCACUAGGUCACAUGACCAAGGAGCUAUUGAAAUUUUACAUUUUGAAAUAUUAAUGUAAAAUCUUGUGAGAUGAAAAUGGACAAACUAAAGGGUGUGCAAUAUAGAAGGGUAGUUCGUCAGUGGACAUUAUGAACCUUGUUUGAGUCCAGUAGGUAAUAUUACCAAUGAGCUAUUGAAAUUCAAAAAUGUAAAUAAAUAAUAAAAAAUAGUGCGAGAUAUAAAUUGACAAAAAAUAAAUGUGUGCAAUGUGUGUCUAUGCCAUCGGGUUAGCUAGAACCAGUUUUGAAAAAUUUAGGAGUAAUGGUUAAAUAGCUAUUGAAAUUUGAAACACUUGAUUUGCCACUAUGUUGACGGUCCAACAGGCGAAUAUCCAACCUAUAACUGUCUUUACCUUUGAUUUUUUUUCGAUAGCCAACAGAAGUUGAACAUAUUUGUUUGUGUAGGUAAAUAGGUCUACCAAGCGAUGGAGAAAAUAUUCAAACAAUCACUUGCAAUAUUUCUAACUAAAGAUUGCUAUUUCAAUAUGAGUA